AUGCCACAGUCUAUACGAACCAUUCCUCAUACUCGGAGGUCAACAUCCACUUUCAAAGCGGACCACGACAUGCAAACUAGUAGCGGUCUUAAUUUCACCACGAAUUCAUGGAGAAUCCUUGGUAGAUGUACUACAUUGGUUGCGGCCGCGGCCCGGGAAGAACGGGGCAUCAGCAUAAACAUCGAUAAUGAGGACAUGAAGAGCCUCUAUACCCAUACUCCAGUGGACUCUGCUGCCUGCAAAUGGCCGAAGCAGCAUUUUAAAUCUAAUAAACACAAGCUUGUUCUCCAGGAACGCGCAAAAACCAUAGUAGAAUUUAGAGAUGUGCGGGAACUCUUGAACGCAUUCUCGGACGCCAUUAUAGCACACGGAAAAGCACACGACAAAGCCCAAAUUCUUCAUCGCGACAUUGCUCCCGGAAAUAUCAUGAUUCGCUGCGACGGCCAUGGCGUUCUGUUGGAUUGGGACCUGCCUGAAUUGACAAGUGGACAAGCCAAUGAGGCUCAUCUGUUCAAACGCACAGUACCUUAUUUCUCAUUCUCCGAGAGUGUGACAAGUUUCCUCAUUAUUGUUCGCCAGGGAGCCUUGCAUUUCAUGGCAUACAGACUGGGCGGGAAACAAGAAAAAGGAGAACCUGUUCCGAGACAUAAUAAGGAUGACGAUCUUGAAUCAUUCUUCCUUGUGCUUUAUUGGAUAGCACUCAGGUGUUGUAAUCACGGUUAUAUCAUUGGAGACCUAAAGGCACACAUGAAGAACAACUACUACACGGCGAUAGUAGUAGGCGGCAAACAUGUGGCACCUCUUGCCAGGAAGGAUCUUUUCAGUAAUUCAAUGUCAAUCAUGAACGCCAGAUUUGCUUCACCUCCUCUCAUAGCUUUUCUUACGGUCCUACAUCAAACGUUGCGCCUUCGAUAUCUCAUCAGGGAAGACCACAAAAUCUUGCUGAUUUCAUGGAUAGAUGCUGCUCUGAAGUGCAAAAAAACUUUGACCGAAAGAGAAAUUGCUUUGGAAUUGAGGGCAAAAAUGUACGCACAAGAUUCAGACUAUACAGAUCCCACUGCACUGGAUCUUUCUUUCUCCGAAAUUCGACAUUUUAUUCAAUACUUGAAAAGCGACUGGGCUUCAAAUAUCUUUGUAAACCUUUUUGGGCAUAACGGUGAGAAAGCUGACUGGGAAUUUGGGAAUAGUACCAAGCUCCUGCCCUCUACUCAGAUUCAUCUGACAGAAAAACGGAAAUUUCAUUCAAUCGACAUGUGUACCAACAAUAACGAUCACGACGACGACGGACAAUAUUGA